AGUGGUCUGGUGCAGACGUUGCUCUGGAAGCAUUUCUAUUUCGGCGCAAAUGUCGCGAGAGUCGACGCGCUCGAGACGCGGUGGCACGCGGCCGGCCGGCGCCCGCGCAUACUCACACACUUUAGUUUACGCGCAUGUUUCCCGUACGGAACACGUUUAACCUCGUCCACAGACUGUGAGCACCCAGUGUUUUGUCUUCCUGUUGACCGUGACAAUAAUUGUGGCCUGAAAAUUACAUGAUCACGUGUAACAAUGUGUGAAUAUCGGUAGUGAGACGGAGUAGUACAACGAUCUGAAGUUUGGUUUUUUUUGUCCAACCUCUACUUAAAACCAGUUCUGUCGAACUUAAAGACGAUUAAAACACCGGAGUUCUGAGCUUUAUCGAGGAGUUACCGUUAAUUAGUGAUGUUUUCUGUGUAAAUAUUUACAUGCUCCGUAGUUGUGUGACUAUUAUUGUGCAUUGUGCUAUUAUAAUAUUAUAAAUUUGAUUAAAUAUAUUGCAGUGAAGGUCAGAUAAGUUGUCACCGUGACUCAUUGCCUAACUAUACUAUGUUUUGAUUAACAUAAACCGUGAGGUGUUAUUUCAGUUUUUGUCACUAGUAUUGCUGUGUUUGCUGACAUUUAUGCAACUAUUAGUUGAAUUGUUACUAAAUGAUUUAUCCGUGACAAUCCAAACGGUGAGAGAUUUAGAUAAAUGACAGUGAAUAAAAGGCAUUCAUUCAUUCCUUGUUUGUUUAGCUAUAGAUAAAACAAAAUAUAUGUCACCCGCAUUUAUGCGUGAUCGCCGUUAAUGUAUGCGCUGCCGAUACCGGUGUUUGCUCAGUGAUAAUGAUGGGGCGGGCAGGCCGCGCGCGCACUACGCUCACUGCUCACUAUCUUUGCGUAGUCUGAACCACGUGCUUACUCACCUGUCCGAGACUUCCACAAAAGCCAGUGACGUCAGUGCGCCCUAGUGCAGCAUGUAGAGAGUGCGAUGUUUGUGUAACGUUGAUGGUGAACAGUGUCAGUGACCGGUGUGUGGGGAGGAUAGCGGGUGUGUGUCGGUGCGCCGAUAUGUUGUUGUAUGGUGGUUGGCCAGUCAGAGGGGCUGUACAACGGAGACUCUCAGGUCCCUGCGGAGUUCCAUGCUGUCCUGGGGCAGGGGCGGGGGCUCCGCAGGCAGCUCGAAGCCCAAGCCUGCGAUUGUCAAGCACACGCUGCAGACGCACUCUAGUGGCGAGGAAGCCGGCAGCGACAGCGAAGCUCAAAGCGCGCUGCUCGCGGGCGCCUCCGCCCUGGCUCGAAGACGACACGCCAUAAGAUUUAAGAGAAAAUCCAAAAUUGCCUACAGAGUUAUUAGACGGACUGGCGAUGUCGGAGGUGCGCGGGUGUUGCGUUCGACCCCCGACUGGAGCGACAGCGCCAUCAGUGGCGAACACCUGUGGUCGCCCACCUCAGUGUCCGGAGAUUGCUGCUACGUCGGUGACGCUGAAUGCCAGAAACAUGGGUCUCGUAUGAAGUGUUCGGCAUGCAAGAUCGUCGCGCACACAGCAUGCAUCGACAUAUUGAUGGACCGUGUGCAGUUCACGUGCAAGCCAACGUUCAGGGACGUGGGAGUACGACAGUACCGGGAGCAGACCAUCACUCAUCACCAUUGGGUCCACCGCCGCUCAGAGAAGGGCAAGUGCAAGGCCUGCGGUAAGUCGCUGCAGGCUAAAUUAUCAUUUAGCUCGAAGGAAAUCGUUGCCUUGACUUGUUCGUGGUGUAAAGACGCCUACCACAACAAAGAAAGUUGUUUCAAUCUCCAGCGGAUAGGAGAAGAAUGCUCAUUAGGGUCGCAAAAUAAUAUAAUAGUACCUCCGUCGUGGAUCGUCAAGUUGCCAAGAAGAGGUAGUUUUAAGUCAUCGCUAAGGAAAUCGCCUAAGAAAAAAAGUGCUUCCAAGAAAAAAGGAAAAGAUUCUAAAAAUGAACAGAAAACAUUCGUGAUUAAGCCAAUUCCCACUGCGAGCGUAAAGCCUGUACUAGUUUUUAUAAAUCCAAAAAGUGGAGGCAAUCAGGGAGCGAAGUUGCUGCAGAAGUUCCAGUGGCUACUGAAUCCACGACAAGUUUUUGAUCUCACACAGGGUGGUCCAGGACCUGGUUUGGAGCUGUUUCGGAAAGUGCCGAAUCUGCGCGUGCUGGCAUGCGGUGGUGAUGGCACUGUGGGCUGGGUGCUGAGCGUGCUCGACCGCAUUGGAACACGACCAGCAGUUGGCGUGCUACCGCUCGGCACUGGAAACGAUCUUGCACGAGCGCUUGGCUGGGGCGGCGGUUACGAAGAUGAACCAAUUUCGAAAAUUUUAGCGAAUAUCGGAGAGAGUGAUACAGUGUUGCUGGACCGAUGGGAGCUGAGCGUGGUGCCAAACACUGCAGCGGCCGGAGAAGACACCAGCAAUGCCAAGCCAGAACUACCACUCAACGUCGUUAAUAAUUACUUCUCAUUUGGCGUUGACGCUCACAUAGCUUUAGAAUUCCAUGAAGCGAGAGAGGCACAUCCAGAAAAGUUCAACUCUCGAAUAAGAAAUAAGCUGUUCUACGGUACUGCCGGAGGGAAGGAUCUCAUGCAGCGCAAGUGGAAAGGUCUUGCCGAGUUCGUGACUAUGGAGUGCGACGGCAAAGACCUGACGCCAGUGCUCAGGGAGCACAAAGUUCAUGCCAUUGUCUUCUUAAACAUUCCAAGUUACGGUGGUGGGACGCACCCUUGGAACAAGUCAGGGGGAGCCUUUGAACCCUCCACUGAAGACGGCUUAAUAGAAGUAGUCGGAUUAACCACUUAUCAAUUGCCGUUAUUACAAGCGGGAGGACACGGUACCUGCAUCACUCAAUGCAAGACUGCAAAAAUUGUGACAACGAAGGUGAUACCAAUGCAAGUUGAUGGGGAGGCGUGUCGCCUAGCGCCCUCUGUGAUCACUCUCUCUCGGCUCAAUCAAGCCACCAUGCUCGCUAAGAAGAAGCCAGGCCGAACCAUCGCCCCUCAAACUACAAUGGACAAACUCACCCUCACUGUGAAUCUCAUAACGAUGGCCGAUUAUGAGCGACAUCAUUACGACAAGGAAUUACUCGCAAAGACAGCGGAACAAGUCGGCACUUUAGACGUGAACCCUGCUGCCGACUUAGAACAAAUGCGCGGCCUCAUUCAGAACAUGAUCAAAGAAUCUCAAGCGUACUCGAACCUCACCGACUGGUGGUUUGUCGACUCCGUGACAGCGGAAAGGUUCUUCCGUAUAGACAAGGCGCAGGAGAACUUGCACUACCCGGCGGACAUAGGGCACGACAACAUCUACAUCCUGGACGCGGCACCGCACACGCCGCGCACGCCCGACACGGAGUCGACGGCGCAGCCCGACACCACGGCCACCGCCUCGCUCGAGCGCACCGCCGCCUCCGUGUCCCUCGACACCACCACCGGACUCUCCGUCUCGCUCGACAUCUCGCAGAGUGUCGACACACCCAGUGCUGCGGUCUCGCUCGACGUGCCUGAAUCUCAUCCUUGUGAAUCGGGUCUUGGUAGUCCAGCGCGGUCUUCGGAAGAGUUGCUGUCGCCUCAAACGCCGCCGCCCAACGCAGUCCCGACGACGCCGGUGUCGGUGCGGCCGCCGUCGCCGACCCCGCCGGUGCUUGCCAGCCCGGGCUCAGGACCGCCCGCCCCUCUAAGCCCAGCCAUAGUGCAAACCGAGCCAUUAUCUCCACCCCUGUGCACUAGCCCACCCGCCAAAGACCAUGAACCCACGACUGAUUCAAUAGCGCGGUUUAAAACAAAUUUAUUGGAAAAAACAUCUGAUGCCCUGCUCAAAGCGGCCAAAGUCGGUGAUCUGAAAAUGAUGAAAGAGUUGCACGCGGCUGGGUACUCGCUGCUGUCGAUCGACGCGAGCGGUCAGACGGCGCUACACGUGGCGGCGCGGUACGGGAACAAGGAGAUCGUGAAGUACCUGAUAGCGUGCGCGCCCACCGCCAUCCUGAACAUGCGCGACAACGAGCGCGGACAGACCGCGCUGCACAAGGCGGCCGCGCACAAGCGCCGCGCCAUCUGCUGCAUGCUCGUCGCCGGCGGCGCCUCCCUCACGCGCCGUGACCACGCCGGCCUUACGCCGCGACAUCUCGCGCUCCGAGCUGAGGACCACGACCUAGCCGCGUAUCUUGAAAGUCAGGAACAUUUCCAAUUAGUGUCUGAAGAUUUAGAAACAGCCGUUUAAUCAGUCGAACACAUUGUCCGCAUUCCCGGCGUGGCUGGAAACUAUCGAGAUAAGUCGCACUAGCGAACUAGUGAUAUAGUGAAAAUGACUGAAGAAUAUUGUUCGAAACACCGAAGUGAUAAUCAGAUCUGGUGUAGGAUUAUAAUAAAAACAUUUCAUUAAUAAAAUAAUAAUAAUUGAAAAUUUUUAACUUUAAUCAUAAUUAUAUUUUCGUCAUAAAUUAUUAUAAUAUAUUCUAUUAAUUUAUUGAAUUUAGUCGCUGUAAAUGUUACAGGUAAAUUAGAUUACGAAACAUGCUAAUUAUUAUUGUUAUGCGCGAGUUGAUGACCACAUCGUAUGAUAUAUUAUCUGGCAGAUGAUUUCAAAUAAAUCCACUUCCAAAUUGGGAUUAUUCUGCUAGAUAGUACGUAUCCGAGUAUUGUGAAACAGGACGAAGCAAUAUUAUGAUAACGAGCUUUUGAAAUUUAAUUCAUAAAUGUUGUUAAAAAUUUCCCUUGAUAUCUUUACUGUAACAUUUAUAGUUGUAAUUAAGUAUGAAUUUAGAAUAAACACUUAUAAGGUGAAUCUUUACGCAUUUUGUUUCAAUAUUUUCUCUUUUCUAUUUAAAGGAGUGAGUGUUUUCAUGAUCUAUGAAACAGCUCUGAAGUAAAAAGUGUGUGCCUUUCCCGUGUGUUGUACAAACAACAAGACAGUGGAAUGUAUCCCGCACUUCCAUGUGAAUACAAAAAUGAGAAACAGCGACCUGAAAUGUUAUACGGAACGUGAUAGCUCUCACAAAUUGUGAAUGCAGCUAGCUUGGGACUAAAGUGUGAUUAAUGUUUCCCUCCGACAGAAACUUAUGCUUCAGCUCAUACAAGACCCGUGUUUAAAAACAUCUUCCGAUUCAAAACACAAACAAAAUAAACAAAACGUUCGUAAAAUAUUAGGGAACAGGCCCCUUAUGUAAAAUCAGUCCGAUAGCUGAACACGUUAGCAGUGUGGGCCAAACAUAAAGAAGAUAAUACCGAGGGAUACAUUCACGCUGUCGACCUUUUGUGUUCUGUCAAAGGAACCUUUCUAAGUACUUGUAUAUUUUAGAAUAAAUUUUACAUCGCUUUACUGACGAAUCGCCUUUCCAGAUUUCCUUAUAAAUUACUUCAAUUAUGAAUCCAUGGGACCUUAACUUACUCUUACUCUACGGAAUGAUAAGUCUUUAUGAUAAUGUGAACAUUACCUAUGCGAUUUAUUCAUCUUAUGAAUGCCUCUGUAGACCCCAAUGAGUACAGUUGUGAUAGUACAAUGUUGUGUUGCAAGUCAUUACAUUUGUUUUACGUAUUUACACCAAUGUGACUAAGUUAUUUUGAUAAAGCUAUACUGUUUACUCGAACAUUAGGCCUAAAUACUUAAAUACUGUUAUAUAUUAUAUGUAUUAUAGAAUUGUUUUUGAUGCAAUAUUUCUUGUAUAAGUGUCCUAAUAUUAUUCUUGUUAUUGUCUUCGGCAAUAAUGGUUUAACUUCUAAGGCUAAAUUAACACUACUGAGUUGUAUGACACUGAUAAAAUCGGUGUCGUAUAUAUUAUGAUCUCAGUACUUGUAUGUAUCCGUAUUACGGUGUAAUUCUUAUUUCAGUAUGUCCUAAUAAUGAAGAGUUGAGUAUGUAAUAUAGUUUAACUUGUUUAUUGUCCCAUAAUGCGUUACUAUGGAGCUAAGUGCACUCACUUGUGGAUCGUGUAGCUUGUAAUGUUGGUAGAGGCGAGCCGGCCCCGGACCGGACCCGGGCCGCCGGCCGCCGGCCGCCGCGCCGCGUCCAAUUGUUAUUUAUUAUCGUCUAUCUCCUGAAUGAUUUGUGCGUUUGUACGAGUUUGGAUCGCUAAGUGUUGUUUAUGUCUAUUACGCCAAUACCUCUACUAGUAGAUGUACCUAAUAGUUUAGUGUUUAUCGAAUUUACUCGUACUACUCGCUGACAAGCGAACAAUGAAAGACAAAGCUGUGAGAAUUUUGGUCGUAAUGUAAAAAUGUAAGUUCAUUUAUAUCGUAAGUGAAACGAUAUGCAACAUUAUACUUAACACUGUUUUGUGAGUUUCUUAAUUUGUGAUUGUAGAUAGACGUUUUUGAUAUUUACCGUAAUAUUACGUAGAUAAUUAACUCGUUGUUUUGAAGAGUUGACUAUCCCUUCGGGCUUAUUGCAUUCGCGUUGCGAGUAACUCCGCUGAGAUCGCCAGUCCUUUCCCCUGGAGCCGUCGAGCUCUUCAAUAACAUAAGAUUAAUCGAUGUCGCAUUGGUUAGAUAGUUAAUUAUAAUCUACGAGCGUUACGUCUUAAUAAUAUUAAUAUUUAAAAGUGAGAUAUUAUAAUGAUAGAGCCUAUUUGUGGGCGUCAGUUUAAUCUUUAAAUCGUUAGUGAUACUUUUCCUAUGAGAUAUUAUUAUACUUAGUCUUGUACAUACCGUAUUGGAGGCCUUCAUUCAAGUAGUAUAAAGUGUGACUCUUUACACGAUUAGUCUAGUAUUAUCUCAUGACCAAGUUCUGUCUAAGAAGGGAAAUGAAUAUCACUAGGUUAAACAUUUUGAGCUCUAAGGUAAGGGCUGCUUUUGGAUCGAAUAUUUACUAGAUUUAUGAGGGAAACCCACUGUUUUACCUGUGUUGCAUAUUUUUUCAUGCUGAACCUUUAUAUGCCUUCUACUUAUCGUCAGCAUACAAGGUGAGAAAUUUUGCGUAUGACAAUCAACAGAUAUACCUUCGUUCCUGAAGAAACUCAAAUGUUUUAAGCUUGUCUGUCUCUUCGAGAGCAGAUUGUGGUUUGUAAGUUAAUGACAGAUUCUUAAAAUCUUCACAAACGGUAUCGCCUUGUAUAGUGAAUAGUUCCAGCAAUUAAAUCUGUAUAAUAACUUACGUGACUUCGGCUUAUAGAUGCCGAGUAGACUCCGAUGCCGAGACAAGCCUGGGACAGCGCUCCUACAUUGGUAAUGACAAAAAUCGGUCGCUCAGUCAACCAUUCCAAUAAUCGAUUUUUAACUUUAUUAUAAGCAGAUAAGGUUGAAAAGUUAUUAAAGAAAUUCGCGACUUCUCAACCGAAUUUAGUCUUUAUCAAUGUUGGGAAGCCGGCCGAGGUUAAUACGUGGCAAACAUUCUUUGAGAGAACAAAUCACAAUAAUUCUAUUACAGGUUGUGUUGAUACAAGUAUAACAUACUAAGUAUCCUCUGUUAUUGUAGCCAUAUUUAUAUUAAAUUAUUGUACGAUUAGUAAAACCAAUGUAAUUAAAGUUUGUAUUAAGUUUGAACUAUUUCCCUAAGCAUACAGCAUUCCAUUCUCUGAUACCUAUGUCUUUAUAUGUUUUAUGUACCUAUUUUUACUUCGUCUUUCAUUGUGUUUGAAAUUUUAUUAUUAUUGUUAUCUUGUGAGUAUUAACAAAGUAUGGUCGAGCUAUUUAAUUAAAUUUGGAUAAUAUAAUAAGUAUACUUUCUUAUCUUUAUGACAAGCUUGGUUUUGGGGUUUCGUUUUCGUGGAAACUAUAAUAAAUUAAGCAUUAGUUUUAUAAAUUUUGUCAAUGAAUAUUUUUUGUAUGGUAGUCAACUUUUUUCGACUGUCAAUAGUCAAAUGAAGUCUAAACCUGUUAUGGCUUGUUAUUUGAGCUAACACUUUUAAAUUCUCGUAAAAAUUCUGAAAUACUACCUAUAUAAAAAUAUGUAGGUCUUGUUGUGUUGCCUACAUCAUUACUUUCACAUCGAACAACACUGUUUUUGUUAGAAAAAAAUUUGUUCACCACACACAUGAAACGGAACCCCUACCAAGCGAUCAAACUCGCAUUUUUGAACUUUUUUUCAGCGUAAUAAUAUGUAAAUAGAAUAGACCCCUGAGAUUCUAUGCUGUGCUGUUUCAACGCGAAGUAUCUUUAUAUGAAUAAUAAUUUCUUACGUAGUUUUACGUGUUAACAUUUAUAUUGAUCCAUUUCGCUUAGUGAAGCUCUUACCUGCACCUAAAGACAAAUUAAUUCCGAAUAAAUGACAACAGCUUACCACCGAGCACACGUCAUGUGGUCUAUUCAAGUUCCUUUAACGCGUGUACUUAUUAAGGUAAAAUGUAUUUUAAUCUAAUAAACUUAUGGUAUAUUAUGUAAAAGACACAAUCUUGUAUAAAUUGGCAGCUGCGACGUGAAGCGAGAGUGUAUAAGGGCACUGAUCAAUAUGUAUGUACUCACUGUGAGGUUAAUUAAAUGAUUAAUAGCUAAUGUCGUUUCCUCCUAAUUCACCUCCCGAGUUUGCCAAGAACCCUCUUUAUUUCACUAACGAACACAUUAGAUUGUUCUGCUGUAUAAAUGAUUUAGCGAAGUUAUAAAUGUAAUUGUUCCGGGGUACUAAUCGGAUUCUGUAAAUAUGUUACCUAAUGAUUUCUGCCAAGGAUAGCCAAAAUAAUAAUAACUUAGAUAAACAUUAUUUCAGGGUUCUGCACUUUAUGUGCGCCGUAUUACAAUAAAACUUAUAUAUAGCAAAAAACUGAGUGUAUCUAAGUACACAAUAUACAUAUAUAUUAUUAUUGCCAGAGAAAAUAAUGGUUUUCUAUAACAUAUAUCAUGAAUAAAGGAGAAAAUAAAUAGAUACACUCUGUCAUACAAUAUGGAUAACGAAGGUCCUGAAGAUUUUUUCGAUAAGCCGCAACAUUUCUCCUCCACUGCAACCUUUUGCUGCGGAGAUUAAAUGCAUCGUGCGUCAGCUCAUAUAUACUUAAUCCGUAUUAAGACCCACUCCAUUUACCCACUUACGCUACAUGUUAGCUAAUAAAUAAUAGAGAUUUGCUCAAUUAAUACACACCUACUCUAUACAAGAUCCAUAUAUCUAGAUAUUACUCCAUUAUCUAAGCUUUAAAUCAAUUUACAAUAUAAUCCUUCUACCUCAUAGUUAUUACAUACAUAUGUAAAUAAUGUGCAAUAAUAUAUUAACUUAUUGUAAAUCCUUGUACCAGUAUAUUACCUACGUAAAUAUAGCCUUUUUCAAAUAGUCUACCAAGCAACAUAAUGAUCUAUAUAAGUAGGUACUCUUACGAAGUGUGCGUAACAACACUAUCUACUUAUUCAAUUACUCUGUAGUAACAAACUGGAUAUUAAUUACGUAAAUUAUUGAAAAUUAAAUGGUUAUAAGUAUAAUUAGAAUUUUGAGAGCACUAAUUUCAAUGUAAGUACAUGAUACUUAUUUUUGCACUCAAUAAAGUCACUAUUUUAAAUAAAAUUAUUAAAAUCAAGUACACUGAAAGAACAAUAAAUAAAGUACGACCUAAUUUGUGUUUUAUUUUUUCUUUCCAGGUUUAUAAUAUUAUUUGUUUACAAUACAAGACUUAUGUUUAAUAUAUUAAACGUUAAAGUUGUCUGUAUAUUAUUGAAAUCCUGAACGAUUAAACUGUCUUGAAAUAGAGUCAAUCUGAAAUUAGAUUUUUAAAGAAGUGAUGCUGCAAGUAGCAGUACGACGUCUC